GCAAGAACUGAAGGCAACGAAAUUUAUUUUCAUAAUUAAAUUAAAAGGAAAAAGAAUUAAAGAAAGGUCCCCUGAAAUUUAAUGUAAAAAAUUAAAUCAUUGGUAGUGACAAACUGACAAUGCUGAAAUUGAAGAAGCACUUUGUUUAAAAAGACUGACAGUUUGAAGGAAGAUUUCCGCAGAAGCAUGCAAUGAUAAAAUUCGUUCUCAACCCAAAUCAAGAUCUUGAUAGAAACCAACUUACAAAUCACAAUUUCCCGUUCAGCCCAUUUCAAAGUUUUCAUCUUGAAGAAUUCUGUUCCCAAAAUCUACUAUUAUUACAAGUAUUUCUUCCUGUGUAGUAGUAAUCGCACAAGGAUUUUUUUUUAUUAUUAUUUUUUGAGCUAUGCCUACAUCUCCAAAAAUCUUUACUGCGAGGACUUCAUCAUCCUUCUCUUCAAGAAGAUCAACUGCCUUGAUUCUCUUCACUGUUAUCGGCGUUCUUGGCUUUGUUUUGUGUAUUACUGCAAUUUCGAAAUUGGGAUUUGGGAAUAAAUGCAAAUUCGAGAAGCCCAUUUCGGUGUCCGUGGCGUGGGAUAGAACCCACAGGGAUGGUAGUUCCAGCAUUGACAAUGGAGCCCCGAAGAGGUAUAAAGCAACGGGCUUCGUCGGAAUUCAAACUGGGUUUGGAUCUGCCGGCCGUCGACGAGCUUUGCGGCAGACUUGGUUCCCCUCCGACCAUCAAGGUCUAAAACGGUUGGAAGAAGCUACUGGUUUGGUUUUCAGAUUUGUUAUUGGUAAAACAAAGGAUAGAUCAAAGAUGUCUGAGCUAACGAGAGAGGUAGCGCAAUAUGAUGAUUUUAUGCUUUUGGAUAUCGAAGAGGAGUACAGUAAGCUCCCAUACAAAACAUUGGCUUUCUUCAAAGCUGCCUAUGCUCUUUAUGAUGCAGAUUUUUAUGUUAAAGCAGAUGAUGACAUAUAUCUGAGACCAGAUCGUCUCUCUCUUCUCCUGGUUAAGGAACGUCCUCAUUCUCAAACUUAUCUUGGAUGCAUGAAGAAAGGUCCAGUUUUUACUGAUCCAAAACUUAAAUGGUAUGAGCCCCUGGGUCAUCUGCUUGGAAAGGAAUACUUUCUUCAUGCUUAUGGUCCACUUUAUGCUCUCUCUGCAGACGUGGUUGCUAGUUUGGUCGCUUUAAGAAACAACAGUUUCCGGAUGUUUAGCAAUGAGGAUGUUACAAUUGGUGCUUGGAUGCUGGCAAUGAAUGUCAACCAUGAGAACAAUAAGCAGUUAUGUGAAGCAGAGUGUUCCUCCUCAUCAAUUGCUGUGUGGGAUAUUCCCAAAUGUUCAGGUCUUUGUGAGCCUGAAAAAAAGUUACUGGAACUCCAUGCGAAAGAAAUCUGCUCUAAAAGCCCAACUAUACCAGCUGACGAGGAGGAUUAACAACCAUUAACACCCUGAUUAGAUACAUCGAGCUAUUGAAAUUCUUACCACAGAAAAAUCGAUUAUUUUAUAUUGAGUUUAGAUAAAUUUUGAUCUUCAUACUUAAUACAGGUGUAUCUCUCUGUGUUAGCUGUAAGCAUAGGAAAAAAACAUCAUUGAACCAUCAUCAGUUCAUGUGGAACAACAAAGCUCCAUUACUUAGCUUGUAAUACACCCUAGGUUUUGUAAUUCUAGUCACCAAUUUUAUGAUGAUGAAUAGUGUACUGUACCCUUCUGUUGGUGGGUAUUAUUUUCGGAAAGUUUGUGUUCGAUUCAUUUUUAUUUGAUCGACAUUGUCAGGACACAUGCUUUGGGGUACUGCUCUGAAUAUUGGAAAUGAAAAAUUUUGGACCUCUUACC